UUUUAUUUUUUUUUGAGUAUAGAGAACAAACAUUGAGAUAUUUUAUGAGAAUUGUAAUUUGUAAAUGUCAUUUUCUUUAGCCCACAGUACUCAAAAUACAUUUUUUGUUUUCCAUCUAUAAAUAGAACCACCAACUUCUAUGUACUCAUUCAUUCACUUGUUGUUUUUUUCUUUUAUGUUUUCUUGAGAUACCAAGAAAAUGGAGCCCAAAAAUAUGCAAAGUUCACCACUGAAACCUUACAAAUAUUUGUUAGGAACACAAAUUUUGUUGAGAUUUUUGGCUACAAUAUUCACAUUGGCGUCUACUUUGAUUAUUUUAACAAGCAAACAGACUGUUACUAUAUUUGGCCUUGAGAUGGAUGCACGCUAUAGUUAUUCUUCAGCUUUCAAGUUUUUUGCUUUUGCAAAUAUGAUUGGAUGUGCCUUCUCUGUUUUGUCUCUGUUUCUUGCCUCUGUUUUAGGACAUAAAGGUCUUGUUCCAAAGAAUUCAUUUUACAUGUUCCUUCAUGAUUUGAUUGUGAUGGCAGUGCUGCUAGCUGGAUGUGCAGCAGCAACAGCAGUUGGAUAUAUUGGAAAAUAUGGUGAGAUGCAUUCAGGAUGGAUGCCCAUUUGUGAACAUGUUGACAAAUUCUGUCACAAAGUAACAAAUAGUGUCAUCCUCUCAUACUUUGCUGUGUUUUUCUACCUUUGUCUCACCAUUAUCUCUGCAAAUCAAUCCAGACACAUCCAAGUUUAACAUUCCACAAAUAUCAUUUUCUUAACGUUACAUAUCAAAAAAUGCGCGUUGUAUGUUCGUUUUUGGCUUACUGUACAAGAUGAUAAUAUAUCAAUCUUUUAGUUUGUGUACUUAGUCACGUCCUUUCUCGUCACUUCUUUUUAUACUCAAAACAAUACUUCAAAAUCUUGUUGUAAUUGGAAAUGAUUAUCAAAAAUGUGCGUUGUAUGUUAGUUUUUUGCUUUGCUGUACAAGAUGAUAAUAUAUCAAUAUUUUAGUUUGUGUA